AUGGCGGAACAAGUCAAAAACGCAGAGAUGGCGACUAUGACUGAGACAGCUACCACGGUGGAAGGGCACGCAACUUUAUCCGCUGCGGAUAUCUCGACACGACUGUUGAACGGCACUCUCCACGCCGGAUACCCCGCAAUCGAGAAUUUCAUGACCAUUGAUGGUCUGCUGAAGUCGCAUGCUGCUGAACCUGAUGCGGCGCAAAAGCCGCUAAUAUGCUACCCCGUUCGCGGGGCGACUGACUUUGAAGAACACACGGCUGGUGACCUUGAUCGGUAUACCGAUGUGGCCGUUCGAUAUUAUAUGGAGAAGGGACUUCAACCUGCAGACCCAGUUCUCGAGCAAGCGCCUGUUAUCGGUCUUCUUGCUGGGUCCAGCUUCGAAGUCAUUCUGACAUUCUUUGCCCUUAACCGCCUGGGAUAUGCCGUACUCUUCUUGUCUACACGGCUGACGGCCCCUGCAUAUGCCCGGCUGAUGGACAUGGCAGACUGCAGGCAACUUAUCAUCAUCAAGCAAUUCCAACAAACAGUAACCGAUAUCUGCAUUGAGCGACCUGGUUGCAGUAGUCUCCCGAUUUUGCAACGAGAGAACUGGGUCAACCGCCCUGCUAGCUCUCCUCAUUUCCAGCGACCAAACGUGGACCCAGCUCGCGAGGGAAAGAAGAUCACCUGGAUCUUGCACUCAUCCGGCAGCACAGGCUUCCCGAAACCAAUCUUCUUAACAAACCUUCAGACACUAGCAAACUUCCGCAAGAGCUUUGCACUUCGUCUGUUCAAUAUCAGUCCCUUAUUCCACUCUCACGCGCUAAUGGAAGUUGGUCGAGCAUUUUACACGCGUGCAACCAUGUAUCUGGGGAAUCACUCUCUUCCAGUUACAUAUCAGAACCUGUACGAUGCGCUGCAGGUCGCCCAACCAGAUCAGAUCAGCGCCGUGCCGUAUGUCAUUAAGCUGCUGGCAGAGGAACCAGCCGGUGUGCAGGAGUUGGCGAAACCGAAGCUCGUGCUUUACGGCGGAUCGAGUUGUCCCGAUGACUUGGGUGAUCGACUUGUUGCGCAGGGUGUCAACCUGGUUGCUAAUUACGGCGCUACUGAGACUGGGCAGAUUAUGACUUCGUUCAGACCCCCCGGAGACACAGAGUGGCAGUACAUGCGGCUUCAUCAGCCUGUUGCUGAUCACACUCUGAUGGAUGAAAUUUCACCUGGAGUCUUUGAGUGUGUUGCUUUGGAUAGUCUACCAAGCAAAGGGCCUUCAAAUUCAAAACCUCCCUUUGGUGCGAGGAACCCGGAGAACAGCUUCCGCACGGCUGACUUGUUUACACGUCAUCCAGAUCCAAAGAAGAUCAACUACUACAAGUACCUCAGUCGACUGGAUGACCGAAUCACGCUUGUUAAUGGUGAAAAGGUUCUUCCUAUCCCCAUUGAAGGCCGCGUCAGAGAGGAGGAGCUUGUGAGAGAGUGUGUUGUCUUCGGUUUCCAGCGUACUGUCCCUGGGGCCUUGAUUUUCCGAGCUGAAGGAAAAGCGCCACAUUUGGACAACGAUCAAUUCUUGGAAGUCAUUUGGCCAGCCGUGGAAGCAGCCAAUGCUCGAGCUGAGACUUUCUCUCGGAUCCCGAAAGAACUUGUUGUGGUCAAGGGCGCUGAGGUGAAGUACCCCAUCACAGAUAAGGGAACUUUCAUUCGUGCCCAGGUCUACCAGCAGUUCGACGAAGACAUAAAAGUAGCAUAUGCUGGGUUUGAAGGCACCGGGCAGAGGAAAGGAGACCUGGCACUCUCAAUGCCAGAACUAGAGACCUGGCUCUUGCAGAGGUUCCGCGAUGAUCUGGGUGUAACAUUGCCCAGUGUUGACGCCGACAUCUUUUCAGCUGGCGUUGAUAGCUUGCAGACAACGCAGAUCUGGAGGUAUAUCGUUCGGGAUCUGGAUCUUGGUGACCAUGGAGAUGAACUCUCGCAAAAUAUUGUUUUCGAUAAAGGAACCGUUCGCUCUCUUGCAAAACAUCUUUACCAGUUGCGCACAGGCGAGGAGUAUGAGGAGGAAGACGAGAUUCAAGUUAUGCAAGAGAUGAUUGAGAAAUACUCGCAUUUCACCCAACAUUAUCCGACUCUUGCCAAGCAACCCGACUCGGAGGUGGUGAUUGUCACCGGUGCAACGGGAAAUCUUGGAGCGUUCAUAGUCGCCAACAUCCUUAAGCGUCCAUCUGUCUCGGAGGUCUGGGCACUCGUUCGAGCACCUGGACAAGUGGCCGCCGGUACUCGCCUCUCGAAAGCAUUGUCUGAUCGAAAUAUUUCCCUGACCGAUGAGGAAGCUGCAAAACUCCGCGCAGUCCCCGGUGAUCUUUCACAGCCUAAUCUCGGAUUGGGUAGUUACGUCCUCGAGCAACUCCUCUCAUCCCUGACCUGCGUCAUCCACAGCGCCUGGGCCGUUAACUUCAACCUGGGCGUGCGAUCAUUCGAACAGCAACACGUUCGAGGAACAUACAACCUAAUCAACCUCUGCCUCCGCUCCAAACUUCCCACUCCCGGAAGGUUCUUCUUCUGCUCGAGCGUGAGCACCGCCAGCAACACUCCCAAACCAGCUUCUGUUCCAGAGACGGCGGUUGAAGAUCUACACCAUGCCCAGACUACGGGAUAUGGCCGCUCAAAAUUAGUGACCGAACACAUCACCCGCAAUGCUAUGCGACAGACUGGUUUCCACGCGAGGGUUCUGAGAAUCGGUCAGCUUAGCGGCGAUACUAUUAACGCACAAUGGAAUGAGACUGAAGCCGUGGCACUCAUGUUCCGCAGUGCAUUGACAACGGGUUCUCUUCCAGAGUUGAAUGAGAGACCCAGCUGGUUACCUGUUGAUCAAUGUGCUCGGGCAGCCGUUGAUAUCUCCAUGGACCUUGCGGCAUCUGAUACCGAUUUGGUGUAUCAUUUGGUUAACCCGCAGAAAUUUAGCUGGAAGGAUGAUCUACUUCCGGCUUUGAAGCGGAGCUCUACCUUGCCGCAAUUUGACAUCGUGUCACCUCAGGAAUGGUUGAAGAGACUGGCUGGCAGUGAUCAGGAUCCGGAGAAGAAUCCUAGUAUCAAGCUUAUUGACUUCUGGAGAUCGAAGUAUGAGAGCGUUGGGCAGAAGCCAGUUACUGCUGAUGAAACGGCCGGACUUACGUUUGAAACUAGUCGGACGGUUCAAGAUUGCCCAUCGUUGGGCUUCGUGAAAGACCCUGUUGCGGAGGGGUUGGUGCAAAGAUACAUUGAGAAUUGGAUGGAAAGCUGGACUAGUAAAUAG